AUGGCGCACAGAAUUGAAAUUACGGGUAACAAGGCCGAAGCUGGAGCAACCCUGAUUAGCAAUGUCAACUUGAGCACAAGCCACACGAACGACGACAUCGACCGCGCCUGCCUUCGUGCCCUCCGAUGCCCCGACUCGCUGGCGGUCAAACACCGACUGAAAGAGAAUAAAGACAAACUAGUGCACAAGUCCUUCGACUGGAUUUUAAAGGACCCCCAAUAUCUCCGCUGGCAAGAUGAGUCCGACGUGGGACUCUUGUGGAUCAAAGGCGGUGCCGGGAAAGGGAAGACGAUGAUGUCGAUUGGUCUCAUCGAAGUGCUGGAAGAACAAUCGCGACAGAUGGCAGACUCAUACGCGGUGAUAUACUUCUUCUGUCAAGAUGCGGACUACGAACUCAACACGAUUGACGCGAUCAUUAAGGGUCUGAUCCUCCAACUAGUGAGGAAGCAGCCGAAACUUAAGCAAUCACUGCGGGACCGAUGGGACGUGGCCAGUCAGCGAUACACUGAAAAUGUCUCAUCAUGGCGGGGUCUGUGGGUCAUCUUUAUGGAGAUGCUGCAUCGGUGCACUUAUGCACGCCUCUAUGUGAUGGUGGACGCGCUGGACGAAUGCCAGGACAGCGGGAUGGCGGAGCUGCUUCGACUAGUUGUGAGGACAGCACUGGACUGGCCAUCCCGUCUGAAAUGGCUGGUGACGAGUCGACCGUUGGACAGCGCGGAGCGAGUGCUGUUAGCUGGGCCAGACCAGGUCAGGGUCAGUCUCGAACUAAACUCGGAUCACCUCUCGCAGGCCGUGCGGACGUACAUUUCGCACAAGGUGGCAGAACUGGAUCGUUUGUGUGAGUAUGGCCCUGAUCUUCGGCACCGGAUCGAGGACGAGCUACAUAUAAAAGCCGAGGAUACUUUCUUAUGGGUCAGUUUAAUGUGCAAACAGCUGGAAAGUGUAGGGCGGGAGGAUACGUUGACGGUGAUUCGAGAUCUGCCGCCUGGGCUACCACCUUUCUACGAUCGAAUCCUGCGACAGGUUUGUUACGGAGAGUCGACUCUGGUCCAAGGAUGCGUGCGGUUACUGAAAGUGAUGAUGAUGACCUAUCGUCCUUUGGAUGUGCGAGAGCUCAGCAGUGUGAGUGGGUUGCUUGUUGACCGACGAUAUAUUGACAAAGUGAUUGGACGCGCGGCAGCAGAAUCGACUUUGUGCAUCAAUCGGCUCGGGACUACUUACGUGGGACGACAGGUCGAAGUAUGCUCGAUGAUUAUGAUCAUGAUCAUUUUGAGCACAGCGACAUUGUGGUGA